UAAAGCAUUGAAAACCGCAGUACGUGUAAUAGGGCGAAUCAAACAUUUUCCCUCAGCCCUUGAGAGCUCGAGUUACGAGAUUCCAUUGCGUUCUUUGACCAUUUUCUUCUUCCAAACAUCGUGCGUCGUCAUUGUGUAAUAAGUUGACAUUCCCGCUCUUGUCAUGCAAACAUUUUGCCAUUUGGUAUAUGGUGACCUCGGGAACCAUCAGCGGUAAACUUGCGGCCGGAAGUUCUACAUGAGUCAAUGUCACGCAAGUUCGUCAAGAAUGACGAAGAGUACACAAGGAGACAGCAAAAAUAACUGUGAUCAUUUCCGUAUCAGACCGUCAAGACCCUUUCUAUCGAGCCCGCAAAGAGACCCAGAUCUGUGAGAAGUGCAGAGCCCGUGAUCGUACAUUGUGUGUCAGGGUAUGGCUGGUGCGAGCUGCUAUGCUGGAGUCGUCUGGGUUGUCAUCCUUGCAGUGAGGAUAAGCGCAUCAGGUAGCGAAACAAUAACAUCGAAUUCAAGCUGUGUGCAAGUUUACCCUAACGUCUUGAAAAAUGAUUAUUUUUGUAACCGCUAUGUGGGGUACCCUAAGGGUUACUGCUCGCCCAUAGUCGGCAACGCGCAUGUCUAUGGCACCAAAGAGAGCCAGAGGCAAUCGGAGAAAGGCAUGCAAGUGUUUCAAUUCGGCAAGACGGUCAUGGAGGACAUCUACGGUCUAAUAGUUCGCGAGACGUGCAUGGAGGUGUUCAAUGCGUCCUAUUGUCGAUGGAGUUUUCCACGAUGCGACUACACAACAGGGAAGCUGAUGAAAAAGCCGAUUUGCUAUGAGACAUGCAAGUAUGGGAUGAAACAGUGCGACAAGGAAUUCGAGAUGGCCAGAAACUUCAACAAGAUAAACCAGGGCCAAUGGCCCUAUCAGUGGAAUAUUAUGGAAUGUGAUAACGGAAACUUCCCGAGACGUAACGGUGGGGAUAACCCGAGCUGUUACUACAUACCCGACUUGAUCACUGAAACAGAUAAAUUAUUAUCAUCAGACUGCUACUAUGGCGAGGGCGUCGGUUACCGUGGCAACAUAAGUGUUACGAAAUCGGGAAUCACGUGUCAGUCCUGGUCGUCCCAGUGCCCUCACCGCCACUAUCACAACUCGACCCAGUACCCAGAGCUUGUAAACGCAGCCAAUUUCUGCCGUAAUCCUGGUGGCAUGGGCCCGGACGGCCCGUGGUGCUACACGACCAACAUGUCAAUGCGUUGGGAAUACUGCGAUGUGCCCAAAUGUCCCCCGCCAGGUCCAACGAAACCACCUACGUCCACCAGAGCCUACGCGACCGGACCUAACAGUAUCUUAAUAGAGUGGAAACCAGUCCCCUUGCCUUUCGUCCACGGUACACCACAGGGAUACCGCAUUAUGAUCAAGGAGGUGACCGCUGACCGCUAUAUGAUAAGUAACACCACGGGCGCCGCCGUGUUACGAAUAGAGUUCCAAGGACUUAAGCCGCUUACGAACUACAGUCUCGUGGUUAUGGAGUUCAAUGAACACAGAGAUGGGACGCCGAGCUCGCCGGUCUACGUCAUGACCAUGCCGACAAAUUCCGUAAGAGUGCGGUUCAUCGUAACCCUUGGAAACAAGUUGUUCUCUGCUAAAUUACUAGAUCGCACGACACCAGAGUACAAAGCACUGGAGAAACAGGUCAAGGAAUCGGUGAUUGAGCUUUAUAAAGAAGCUGCCUCUGAACUGUACUACAUUCAUCAAAUUGAAGUAAUUAAAUUCACGAAUGGCAGCGUGAGAGCCCACUUUGACGUCACAGCCGGGUUUAACCAAUCACUGACUGACGCUGAGACUGUGUCGGAAGCUGUGGUGGGUGCCAUGGUAACGGUUCCGCGAAUUGGGGCCUUAUCUGUCAAUCAAACGCGGGUCACAGGACCACCUCCAGCACCUAGAAGAAUCCACGCCGCGAAAAUCGAGACAACCUCUCUUAGCGUGCGAUGGCAGGCACCGGUCCACUCCGAGACAUACACCAUCACCAACUAUACCGUGAUGUUCAAGAAAGCCACGUCAAGUCUUAACUACCUGUUGGCAGGAUCGGUGGACGAGGGGACGCGAGAGUUCCAGUUAAACGAUCUAGACCCUGAGACCGAGUACAAGAUACGAGUAGCCACACACAACCAACACGGGAAGACGAAUAGCGAGCCAAUCAGAGCCACGACUGAAGCUAAGCCCAACAUAGCCCUCAUCCUGGGCAUCGUGAUCCCAGUGGUUAUCCUCGUUGUCAUAGUCGUCGCGUUCUCCGUGUUGCUAAGGCGAUGGUGGAAAAAGAAAAGGAAACUGGAAGAUGCCUUUGCUCUCGAAAGGGCAAACCGUGAAGCCAUGGAGGACCAUUAUCAGAGCGCAAAUGACGUUCUCGCCUUACUUGGGCUGGAGGGAGCGGUGAAGGAAUGGUGGGAGAUACCACGCGGCGAUCUAACCAUUGACAAGGAGCUGGGUUCGGGUGCGUUUGGAGUCGUCAAGAAAGCUUCUCUAAAGAUCAGGGAAAAAUCGACAGAGAUAAAUGAGAAAGACGAAGGGAUAGGGGAGGAAAAAGAAAACGAGGAACCGGAGGAGGAAGGGAAAGUGCUGGAGAUUGUACAGUGCGCUGUCAAGAUGCUGAAAGAUAACCCCACGGAGAGGGAGUUGCGUGACCUGUGUAACGAGAUCGCCAUCAUGGCGCUAGUCGGCGAUCACCCGAACAUCGUCAGUCUGCUUGGGGCUUGCACUGUCAACGGUCCGUUGUGGCUGGUUGUCAAACUUGCUGAAAACGGCUGUUUCCUCGAUUACAUCAAAAUGCACCGGUCGGUAGUUGUAUACGAGAAUACCGAGAACAAGAUCCAUUCCUACGAAAACGUCACCGAUAAAUCACAAGUGGCCCCUAUGACGGAGAAGGAGAAGUUCAAAUUCGCGUACGAGAUCGCCAAAGGAAUGAGACAUCUUGAGCAAAAGAAGUGCGUUCAUCGUGACUUGGCUGCUCGGAACAUUCUUUUGAAUGCCGAUAACGUUGCCAUGGUAUCGGACUUCGGACUUUCACGUGAUGUGUACGAAAGCGGAGCGUAUGAUAACACGACAGGGGGCGUUCUCCCUGUUCGCUGGAUGGCUAUCGAAUCCCUGGAAGAUUACACCUACACCACGAAAUCAGACGUGUGGUCUUACGGUGUGUUGCUAUGGGAGAUGGAGAGCGGGGGACUCAUGCCGUAUGCGGGAAUGUCCGGCGUCGAGAUCUUGGAGAGGCUAAAGCAAGGAUACAGAUUAGAGAAACCUUCAUGCUGCUCACAGGAGCUGUACGCUAUUAUGUACGAAUGUUGGAAUCCUGAGCCGAAAAACAGACCCUCAUUCUUAGACAUCGUACAUCGACUAGAGGAGAUUCUGCGAGGGAAAGCGGGAUAUGAGGAGAUUCUUCCAGAAGAUGGCAAGGGAGAGACGCCUUACGAUGAAGUUCAUGUCGACGAACGUUUCCUCACAGAACAAGACACGUAAAAUACCAUUUGGACACUAUUCGCUAGUUACGGAGCAAGCAUAAGAUUUUAGAUACAGGCCCGUACCCAGGGGGAAGGGGGGGGGUGAAGGGGAAGGGGUGCGAACGCACCCCCCUCACAGCGGCCGAAAGUCCACAUUUGGUUCACAAUAGACAUGCUAUUUGUAGACAAAACUAUAAAGCAUAAGCUAGAUCACUCUGGUAUGUCACUAAUCCAAAUGUCAGACUUUAUUUGUAGCCAAAUCCGACAAUAAACGUCCCGUGGAGAUACUGCAAACAUAAAAAAUCCCUUUUUGUUCAGGUUUUUAUUUUUAGCAGAAAACUCACUCCCUUUCUCCCCCCCACCUCCCCCUAGAAAAAUUAGGUCAACUUUUUCGGAUUUCGCACCCCUCCAAGAAAAAUCCUGGGUACGGGCCUGAGAUGUAGCUUUGAACAGCUGUAAUGCUACCUUUUGACCCGCACUACCCCCAGUGAGGUAUUUUUAUAUUAUCUUUGUGCUGUUGUCGUUAUUAUAAUCAUUUAUCAAUGUUCUCCAUAUAUGUACAUUUGUAUUUAGUCCCCAUAUCCAUCAGUAUGGAGUACUGUAAGAGUUAGUAUAAUAACUUUAUAGGGCAUUGUUGUCAUUUUAAAGACUAAAAUGAAUAAAAUCAGUGGGCUAAAAUACAUUUGAGCCCGCUUUAAA